AUGCCGAAUUGGUACCGCGAUUUGUUUGCCUCAAGUUCUGGGCCUAUCAGUCUGACGGUUCGCACCCGCAUUGCGCCGUUGCUGCUGAAGUUAUCCUGGGAUGGCUAUCCGUUAGUCUGGUCAGACAAGAAUGGUUGGACAUUCCGGGUCCCUGUGAAGGACGAGACCAAGUACGAGAACAGCAAUGUCACACGAGCGGACAUGCUAGAAGAGACGAAUCUGACGUUGAAGGACGACUAUGCUCACGUCUAUUUCAAACUACCACAUAAGGAUGGUCCCACGGCUCGGUGUGCCUCGCCAUUAGCCAAAGGGUAUCUACAAUACUUUGAAGCUGGAGCAUUGUCUUCAAAGUACGAGCUUGCCAAAGAAGCCCUCGAGAUGAACGCGUCCUGUUCUUACUGGAUCUCCGCCAGGGACAGGAUCAAGUCUCAAAUGGUCAUAUACGAAGCUGAACAAGACCAAUCAAAGUCAAGCUCUCAGCAAGGCUUCAUUCUGCCUCAGAUCAUUCCCAUGGGCACCAUCACCCGAAGAGCAGUCGAGAACACCUGGUUGACAGCAUCCAAUGCCAAGGCAAAUCGAGUUGGCUCAGAAUUGAAGGCGAUGAUCAAAGCUCCUCCUGGCUAUGCAUUCGUUGGCGCUGACGUCGACAGCCAAGAGCUAUGGAUCGCAUCUCUCGUUGGUGACGCCCAGUUCCAGCUUCACGGUGGCAAUGCCAUUGGGUUCAUGACUUUGGAAGGCACCAAAGCCGCGGGAACGGAUCUGCAUUCCAAGACAGCCAAGAUUUUAGGUAUCUCCCGAAAUGAUGCAAAGGUCUUCAACUAUGGACGAAUCUACGGCGCCGGACUGAAAUUCGCUGCGACUCUGCUACGUCAAUUCAACCCAACACUGUCAGAAAAGCAGACCACAGAAAUUGCUCAGAAAUUGUACAAAGAGACGAAAGGUACCCGAACGCGACGUAAGGCGCUCGGACAGGGCACCUUCUGGCGUGGCGGCACCGAGUCCUUCGUCUUCAAUAAGCUAGAGGAGUUCGCAGAGCAAGAACGACCGCGAACGCCAGUCCUAGGAGCCGGAAUCACUGAAGCUUUAAUGCGACGCUUCAUCAACCAAGGCUCGUUUAUGACCAGUCGCAUCAACUGGGCAAUCCAAAGUUCCGGAGUCGACUACCUUCAUCUCUUGAUUGUCUCCAUGGACUACCUGGUGCGCCGUUUCAACCUCCGCGCCCGCCUUGCAAUCACUGUACAUGACGAGAUCCGCUAUCUGGUGAAGGAAGAAGACAAGUACAAAGCCGCGAUGGCGCUUCAAAUCGCCAAUCUCUGGACACGUGCGAUGUUCUCCCAACAAAUGGGCAUCGACGACCUGCCACAGUCCUGUGCUUUCUUCUCGGCUGUCGACAUCGAUCAUGUGCUGCGCAAGGAAGUCGACAUGGACUGCGUCACGCCCAGUCAUCCCAAUCCGAUACCCGCAGGCGAGUCAUUGGACAUCGUCCAGCUGAUGGACAAGGGUGAUGCAGCGAAGCUUGACGAGUCUGUCGUGCCGGAUUUACCAAUCGACCUGUCGGGCUAUGUCUACGACCGUCAGCCGACUGUCAUGUCAAGUCUCAACUCGAGCACGGGUCUGCGCUACUUAAAGGCGCAAAUCACCGCGGACGACAAGGAGCUGAAAGCCAUUGUCAAGGAGGCUGAAGAUAGUGGUGAGAGUGGCAGCGGUUCAGCCACGACGAGCGGCAAAAGCACAACCACAAAGUCAACAACCAUCCCUAAAGGCCCACGUGGCCGGCCACCGAAGCCGAAGGUCCCGCCACCGCCAUAUGCUCAACCGCAGCAGGCGGUGUUGAUGGAGGUGGAAGACCGCUGGACGGCGGGAUUCCAUAGGGCGAUGAAGGGCGGAAAGGAGACGCGGCCGUGGCUCAUGGCUGGUAGUGGUAUGAAGAGGGCCUCGGUGGGAAUGGGCGGGCCCGGAGGUCUCAGUAGCACUAAAGGGUCGUGGGCUGCUGACGGAUGGGAGGUCUGA